AGACGAGUCUCUGUGCUUCAGUCUGAAGAAAUAUUAAAGUCAGUUCAUCAGGUCUUUUCUCAACAACUGACUCUGAAACUGUGUGUAGAUAUGGCUGCUGUCAGCUGUCUGCCAUCUGAAGAUCAGUUUCGGUGCUCCAUCUGUCUGGAUGUCUUCACUGAUCCUGUCAGCACACCAUGUGGACACAACUUCUGCAAAAACUGCAUCACUCAGCACUGGAAUACAAGUGUCUGGUGCCAGUGUCCUUUGUGCAAAAGGGUUUUCGACACGAGACCUAAGCUGGACAUAAACACUUUGUUCUCUGGGAUGGUCGCUCAGUUCAGACAGUCAGCUCAACAGAAAUCCAGCAGCAGCAGCUCAGAGCAACAAGAGUCCAAACCAGGAGAAGUUCCCUGUGACGUCUGCACUGGAGCCAAACUGAAGGCCCUGAAGUCCUGCCUGGUGUGUCUGACCUCCUACUGUGAGACUCACCUGGAGCCUCAUCUAAGAGCUUCAGGACUGAAAAGACACCAGCUGAUCGACCCUGUGAAGAACCUGGAGGACAGGAUAUGUACGAAGCACGAUAAACCUCUGGAGCUGUUCUGUAAGACCGACCAGACAUGUGUCUGCAUGCUCUGUCCUGUUUUAGACCACAAGACACAUGAGUUUGUUCCUCUGAAAGAUGAAUAUGAGGAAAAGAAAGUCCAGCUGAAGAAGACAGAUGCUGAAAUCCAGCAGAUGAUCCAGAAGAGAAAACGGAAGAUUCAGGAGAUCAAACAGUCAGUCCACCUCAGUGAGAAAGAUGCAGACAGAGAGAUCGCAGAAGGUGUUCAGGUCUUCACUGCUCUGAAGGAGUCUGUUGAAAGAGCAGUGAAGGAGCUCAUCAACACGAUCAAAGAGAAGCAGAAAUUGAUGGAAAAACAAGCUGACGUUUUCAUCAAAGAGCUGGAACAGGAAAUCUCUGAGCUGAAGAAGAGAAGCUCUGAGGUGGAGCAGCUCUCACGCUCUGAAGACCACCUCCAUCUUCUCCAGAGUGUCCAGUCCCUGAAAGCUGCUCCACCCACCAAGGACUGGACACAGGUCAGCGUCCGUCCGCCUUUAUAUAUAGGGACUGUGAGGAAAGCUGUAGCCCAGCUGGAGGAGACAGUCAGUAAAGACAUAAAGAAGGUGGCUGAGGCUGAGCUGAAGAGGGUCCAGCAGUGUGCAGUGGAUGUGACUCUUGAUCCUGAUACAGCACAUUCUGAACUCAUCCUGUCUGAUGACAGGAAACAAGUAAAACAUGAUGUGAAGAAGAAUCUUCCAGACAACCCUGAACGAUUUUCUCGUUAUACUUAUGUCUUAGGAGAGCAAAGUUUUUCUACCAGCAGAUUUUACUUUGAGGUUCAGGUUAAAGAGAAGACUCACUGGAAUUUAGGAGUGGUCAGAGAGUCGAUAAACAGGAAGGGAAACAUCACACUGAGUCCUGAGGAUGGUUGCUGGAACAUAUGGCUGAGAAAUGGAAAUGAUUAUAGAGCUCUUGAUUAUCCUUCAGUCAGUCUCUUUCUGAAGUCUCGGCCUCAGAAGGUGGGGGUGUUUGUGGAUUAUGAGGAGGGUCUGGUCUCCUUUUAUGACGCAGAUGCUGCAGCUCUCAUCUACUCCUUUACUGGCUGCUCCUUCACUGAGAAACUCUUCCCAUUCUUCAGUCCUUGUAAGAAUGAUGGUGGUAAAAACUCUGCACCUCUGAUCAUCUGUCCAGUCAGUCAAACGGUGUAGGCCAAAUGCAAAGAUUCACUAUCAUCCUAUUACAGAACAACCGCCUAUACUGACUGACAAAGUACAAUGUUAACUUUUAGUCUUUAAAAUGUGAUUAUAUCAUUCACCAUUUCAACCCCAUCACUAUACCACCUCCCUCAUGACAAACACAUCUGAGGAGAAAUUUUCUUCAACACACAGGACUUUAUAGGUAUCUCAGUCAUCACUUGUGAGCCGCUAAAAUUGUGUGGCGGUGUCAUUUUCUGCAGAGACUGCCCUCUGCCCCUGGAGUCUUAUUUUCUGUGUUCGGGACAUUUUCUUGCAUGCACAUCGGCAGCACUCAGGUGAGGUAGGGCUUUAUAAAAGAGGUAGCAACCUUGUGCCAGACAAGACAUCGUCAUGGACUUCCACGUAUAUUAUGCGUAUAUUCUACAUUCGGGGAUGCUGCUACCAACGCCACAGGUUAACAAAAGCACAUGGUCAGGUUAUAAAAAAACACCAUGAUCUGGCUCUGAAUUCAUACAGGAAGCAAACAGCUGGCUCCCUGGCAAAAGCGUGGAGUUUAUCAAAUCCAUCCACUGUCCCUCCUGUCUGUCCCAUAAGGACCUUCUCGCUCUUUCGAUACGAUACGGUACGAUACAAUACGAUACGAUACGGUACGAUACGAUACGAUACGAUACGAUA